ACUCGGGUUCUUUGGAAGUUCCUCUCUUGCAACGUGAACGUUGCAGAAAAGUCCGUUGCUAGGAAACCUUUCAAAGAAUGACUCACAGCAAAAAGCUAUCUAGUUUUUUGCCUUAUAAGCUAGAGACCUGAUUCUUGCACCAUUCGAACCGCCGUGCUGCGGACAACAAUAGUAUAGCUCCAGUUUUUUCACUUUCCCCUUUCCUGUCAAACUGUUUCACCUUUUUUCAAAAAGCUGCACCAACGAUCGAGUGAUUUUCCAGAAAUUUUCUCAUUUUUCGUCCAAAUUCCAUCAAAAUCACAGAGCAUGGGUAAGAAACGAUGCCGAGCACGAUGAGAGUCAAUUCAGAGUCAUAGGAGAAAGUUCCGGAUGACUUCAUGAAAAUUGUUAAGGCGACUUUAGGUACCUGAACGUCGUGGCUUAAUUUGGCGUUUCGUUCAACGUUUCACUACUUCCCGGAUGACUCCAUGGGUCUGGAGUCUGCCGUUUCCCCCUUGGAAUGGAGGCAUUCGUGAAGUAGUUGUCUGUGCCGAGGGUGGUCGAAGCCGAGGCUGA